AUGUCGCUGUCCAGAUCUCCCUCUCCACGGCCAGGCGGAGGUUGGUCCAGCCCCGGCCUGACCACCGUCACUGCUGGGAGCAGCGGCAGCUCCAGUCCCCGCCGUGACUACGGCGACCUCACCCCCAAUGGCCACUACUCGAACGGUGCCCUAGACGGUGACCACGCCUGGAUGGCCGCCAAAGCAAAGAGCGAUCGCGUCAAGGGGUACCCGUCCUUCUCGACCAGGAAUAACGGCUUCUUCUCCAGACAGAGGAGGAAGAUCUCGGCCAGCCUGCCUCGGUUCAGACUCAACUCCAUGCUAGACUACGGCGAGAAGGAGAAGCUGGGUAGGGGACGAUGGUCAGGUCCCAACGGCAGUCCGCUUUUAUACAGGGUGAAAACACUAGUCGGGAGCCUUCUACGCCGCACGAGAAUACGACUUCUUCUAUUAUCCAUUUUGUUCUUUGUUCUUUGGCUUUGCUUUUCAUCUCCUAUCUACGAAUCAUAUCGGCGGUCCUCCGUAGGCGGAGGAAAGAAAAUAGUCUUAAUUGUGGCGUCUAAUGUCGGUGGUGGUGUUAUGGAGUGGAAGGGUGCGAGGGAGUGGGCGAUCGAGAGAGACAGUCUCCGUAAUAAGAAGAGGUAUGUCAAGAGAUGGGGAUACGACCUGGAGAUCGUCAACAUGGUCACCAAGAAACGAUAUGCCCACGAGUGGCGAGAAGGCUGGGAGAAGGUCGAUGUCAUCCGUGGUGCCCUACGGAAGUAUCCCAAAGCCGAAUGGUUCUGGUGGCUCGAUCUAAACACCCUGAUAAUGGAGCCCUCCUACUCCGUCGAACACCACAUCCUCAACAACCUGGAGAAAAAGACAUACCGCGAUAUCAACAAAUACAACCCCCUCAACAUCACCCACCCUCCGUCCCUACCGUACCUCGACCCCAUCUCCCUUUCUCCCGAGGGCGACAAGAAACCGUCGUCCAUCAACAUGAUCGUUCCCCAGGACUGCGCCGGAUUUAACCUCGGUUCUUUCAUGAUCCGACGCAGCACCUGGACCGACAGGCUGCUUGACAUCUGGUGGGACCCAGUCCUCUACGAACAGAAGCACAUGGAGUGGGAACACAAAGAGCAAGACAGUCUCGAACACCUCUAUACCAACCAGCCGUGGGUUCGACCCCACGUCGCGUUCAUCCCCCAGAGGAGAAUGAACUCCUUCCCUCCCGGCGCUUGCGGCGACGGAACAGACCCGGGCAUCCACUACCAGCGCAAAGACCGAGACUUCCUGGUCAACAUGGCCGGCUGCGAAUGGGGUCGAGACUGCUGGUCCGAAAUAUACAACUACAGAGAACUAAGCAACUACCUCAACAGAACUCCCUGGGAGAAGUUCAAGGAUGCCCUCAGUGACCAGUGGAAGAAAAUGAUGGGCAAAGAGGUCAAGAAGAAGCCAUGGAUGGCUUAA